GCGAUCACUUGACUGAAGUGAGUGACAUCCGUAGCUUAACCAUGGCUUCCCUUGUCAUGCUCUCUGCUGCUCUCCUCCUCGGCCUCUUCCUGCCUUCCUCCAUGGCCAACAACGUUCUCUUUGGUGGUGACAGGCUGAACACCGGCGAAUCCACGAACAUUCUCUAUGGAGGUCACAAGCUGCGCACCGACGAAUUCCUCAAAGAAGGGGACUAUACCUUCGUCAUGCAGUCCGACUGCAACCUGGUGCUGUACGCCAACAACAACAACCAGGUCAUGUGGUCCUCCCAAACCAACGACCUAGGCAGCAGGUGCUUCGCCCGCAUGCAGACCGACGGCAACUUAGUCAUCUUCGACGGUAUUAACUUCAACAAAAUUUGGGAUAGCAACACCCGCGGCCCGGAGGGCAAGUACAUCCUCGUCCUGCAGCGCGACGGCCACGUCGUCAUCUACGGCAGCCCUAUAUUUACGAUCCCCAACGAUGAACCCACGAACAGGAAGAUCGCCAUGGUGACUAAAAAGUAGUUGCCUUCACCACGAACGAUGCAUGGGUAGCUAUUAAAUAAAAGCGAAUAAAUUGAAGCAAGGCAUAAAUAAUAAUUAGCUAGCUACAUGGUGGCAUAGCACGUAGCCUCGUUGUUCUGGUGUACGUAACUACUGUUAAGUUGGUGUGAGUCGAUCACCUUAAUUAUCUAUCUGCUCUGCCUUUUUU